AUGUGUGACUUUGAUUAUGAGAGACUCUUCCGCCCGCAGCAGGAGGAUGACGUCGAGCUUCGCCGCAUCACAGAAGAUUUUCAGCGGCAAUUUAAGUUUAUGGAUGAGGAGGAGGAGGAGGCGAACAAGCCAGAUCUUGUUCCUCCUCCACCCCUUUUGAGCUCGACGGCAGGCAUCACGCCGAGUGAUGGCAGCGCGAAUGGUGCCACAGAACUUCGGCAGCGGAACGCAGCGAAGGAGUCAAGGGCAGUUGGCACAUCGCCUCUCAACGCACGAAGGACGUCACAUGAGGUUGAACCGAUGGAGGGUCGAAGUUUUUCUAGCAGUCCCUCCCGCGGACGUCAACAAUUGACCUCAAGUGGUGCACAGACACCCACUCAGAAUUCAAACGAAAAUUCCACGGCCCCGUUGCCGGGACCGGCCUCUGUCGCGUCGGGGCUUCCUGGUGAAGCUAGCAGUUUGAAGGCGGCCCCGACGCUGAUACCUGACACUGUUCCCAAGCCGUUGCCGCCGUAUUUGCACCAGAAGGAAUGCCCUCCACCCUACGGGUGGGCAAACGUCGCGCAGACAAAGCAACCUCUUGGAGUGGCGUCGAUGCCACUAGGUACUCCUGUACAAAAUCUCCGUGCCGUUCCUCCUACACUUCAGCCGUCUCAGUUGCCGUUUGCAGCGUAUGCUGCGGAUGCCCAGACGAUUGCAGCGGGUGGGUUUCCUGCUGGUUUACAAGCACGGCCAGUGAUGCUGCAACCGCAGCCACAACAGCCACAACAGCCACAACAGCCACAACAGCCACAACAGCCACAACAGCUACAGCAGCCACAGCAGCCGCCACCACCGCCGCCGCCACCGCAACCACAACAGGCGCAACCACAACAGGCGCAACCACAAUCAACGCAAUCAACGGCAACUGGUACCAUGGUACAGUCUUUCAGCAUGAGCCAGCAGCCACCAAUUCUGCCACCGCCGAUGUCGCAUGCGUUCGGGGCAUCAAUUCCACAACUUCAACAAGUUCCGCAGGCCCAGGCGCAAUACGUGUCAGGAGCUGCUCCACCGGGGUAUGCGCAGGUCUUAGUUCCUGCUCGGACAGCGGAUGGAACGACAGGCUAUCAGUUAAUGAUGAUUUCUACGCAACACAUUCCUCAGGGAACCAACGCUUUCACUCCCCAGCUCGUGCAGGCACAACUGGAAAAGGCACACUUAGAGCAGCAGCAGCAACAGCAGCCUCCGUCACAGCCACAACAACAUCCACAGCAGCAGCAGCAAUCACAACAACCCCAAGCAGUGAUGCAGUACAUGUGGCAACCACCUCUACAGGCGCAGAAUCAACAACAGCAACAUCCACCUCAGCAGCAGCAGCAGCAGCAACAGCAGCAGCAACAGCAGGCAGGUGCAAUACCACAGCAGUUUUUUACGCCACAAUACGCCAAUCUUGCCUCGACACCUCAGCGUUAUGCGCUCGUUUCCGCUAACGGUCAACAACAGUAUGUUAUGGCUUUGGCUAUGAACCCCCUUCAACAGUUUCAACAACAGCAGCAACAGCUUCAACAGCAUUCUCAGCAGUUCCAGCAACAACCGCAGCCUGCAAGGCCUGUAUAUUUUUCGAGUCAACAGGCGCAACCGAUGUUUACUACCUCCAUGCUUCCUUCGGGAAUGCCGCCUGGGUACCGAUUCAAUUAG